CACUGGUAGGCAUUGAAUGCCACUCCUAUUCACGCAUUUUGAAAAACUUUUGUGCAUUACAUAGACAGUGCACAUACUAUGCAUACAUUGAAAAGACUGGUAGUACACAACUGGCACUGUCGGUGCCCAUACUUUUUUCAUAUGUAUGUCCACUGUUUGAACCAAAAGUUAUGAUCAGUACGUUAUGGCGACACCAUAGGGACAGUAUGUGGAUAUCAUCUAUCAUAUGGUAUUGUCUACUCUUUACUAUCCAAUACUUGGAUCAGUCGUCAUGUCAGUCACCCAAAUAUAUGGGACAAACCGGUAAUGAAAUAAAUCGCGAUCUCAUACAACAUGAACCCACAUAUUUUGUAUUGGCAUCAAAAACCUUACGUCCCGGUCAAGUAUAUCGGGUGUCAGUAACAGUCUAUCGAUCAAAUUUACCCAUAACUGUGAGGGCAUCCAUACAAAGGAAUGGCGUUGAAGUUACGGCUUCGACACAGGAAUGCAAAGAAAGAAUUCCCGAAACAUUAUUACUUCGGGUACCACCGACCUCUAGAUUAGGACAGUAUAAACUUAGGGUUGAGGGCAAUGUGAACGGUGUAUUGGGUGGAACUGCCUUUUACAAUGAAACUCAUCUGGUUUUCUCUCAACGCUCAAUGACUAUAUUUGUGACCACAGAUAAGCCAAUCUAUAUGCAGGGACAGACCGUCCGAUUUAGGGCAUUACCGAUCACUACAGACUUAAAAGCAUUUUCUGAUGCAAUUGACAUUUAUAUGUUAGACCCGAGGGGUGCAAUCAUGAGGAGAUGGCUUUCCAGACAAAGCAAUUUAGGCGCUGUCAGUCUCGAGUAUCCAUUGUCUCAGCAACCGGUUUAUGGCCAAAAUUGGACGAUACGUGUUAUAGCUCAGGGACAGGUCGAGGAAAAACAGUUUGCUGUCGAGGAAUACUAUCAGACAAGAUUUGAAGUAAACGUAUCAAUGCCAGCAUUUUUCCUACAAACAGACAGAUAUAUCUACGGCUCAAUUAUGGCUAACUUUACGAGUGGUAUCCCAGUGAUUGGCAAUCUAACUAUAUUAUAUACAUUGAUUUCCUCUAACAAACAAACCACUUCCCAGAGUUUCUUUGACAGACCAGCUAUUGAGACAACUGAACGAUAUUUCAAAGGUUAUUAUGAAUUUCGUCGUCCAAUGAGUGAAAUAAUAGAUCAAUUAGGAGGCGGGUUAUCACUGGACGGCGCAAAGAUAACAGUGACAGCAUUUGUUGGCGAGCGAUUCCUUAACCUAAUAUACUCGGGUUACGCGCGGGCAUACAUAUUCAGUUCAAAGGUUAAACUAAAAGUGUUGGGCUCAACACCACAAGUGUUCAAACCUCCGAUGCCUUUCAAAGCAUACGCUGCCGUCUCAUUCAAUGACGGCUCACCGCUUCCUUUCGAUCGACUUAUUUAUGAGAAGCUUGAAGUUCGGACCAGAGUUCAGUUCUAUAGAUUUGGUUCUAAGAACUUGGAACCAAAGGAGGUUCCCAUGUCUUUGACAAAUCCGGGUCUUUGGGAGAUCUCAAUCAACUUAAAAGAUGAACUUAAGGAAAAAAGACUUCUUGAAGACGUUAACUACUUAUCUUUAGACGCUUUCUUCAGGGAUGCCAACGGAGACACAAUCCGUGCCCCAGAACUGAGAGCAUACGCGACUUUCUCGCCGUCUGAAAGACUUAUUCAUAUCUCGACGUCUACUAAACAGCCGAAAGUUGGCGAAUACAUCAUAUUUCACGUGCGAACCAAUUAUUACGUGAAAUUAUUCUCGUAUGUGAUUAUAUCAAAGGGAAUGGUUUUGAUUACUGGAAGAGAAGAUAUGAGUUCUACUAUUAAGACAUUUGCGGUCAGUUUAUCACCUGAAAUGGCGCCCACAGCUACUAUUGUUAUCUAUGAUAUCGCACGUGGAGGUGAAGUAGUAUCGGAUUCAUUAACCUUUCCUGUGGAUGGCAUAUCUCGCAACAACUUUACGGUUACACUUAAUAACCGCAAAGAUAAGACAGGAGACACAAUAGAAGUAGUAGUUUUAGGACAACCCGGCACUUAUGUGGGUCUUUCAGCACUUGACAAAGAUUUAUCUCUAUUACAAGUGGGUAAUCAAAUAAACUAUGCAGAAGUCUUAAGAAAGAUGAACACAUUUGACCAAUCAGUCACUGCCAGUAACGGCACGCUUACACACAUCUGGCUUUCAAGAGAGGGAAGAGUCGAUCGAUUUCUUCACUUUCCUUCGCCUACGAAUGGCAUCGACGCCAACAAGACUUUUGAAAGCGCUGGUCUGGUUAUCUUCACCGACGCUAAUGUUACAGAAAAGUAUGAUAAUUGCAACCGAACUCUUGGAUUGUUGUCGUGUUUGGAUGGGAACUGUUAUCACUCAGACAAGGCCUGUGAUGGAAAGUAUGACUGCAGAGAUGGUACUGACGAGGGCUCAUGUCCUGAAAGAGAUGACUAUAAUUUAGCUCAGUUUCGGAUGACUCGUACCAAUCGAUUGCAGCGAUUGUAUGACAAUUCUUGGCUUUGGAAAGACAUAAAUAUUGGACCGUUAGGUUAUUAUAUAUUUAAAGCAUCAGUUCCUAACGCACCGGUCACUUGGAUUGUCAAUGCAUUUGGUAUGAGCUCUACUAAUGGAUUCGGUAUUCAACAAUCAAAUAUUGAGUAUUCAAGUGUCCGACCAUUUUAUAUGAGCGUUGAGAUGCCGUCUGUUUGUUUGAUUGGCGAACAAAUAGGAAUUCGUAUAAGUAUUUUCAAUUACCUCCCGUACGAGAUUGAGGUGAUUGUUGUGUUGGCCCGAUCUCCCGAUUACAAGUUUGUCCAUGUUGAACCAUACGGUCGUGUCCAAUCAUACAAUCCUCGUACAUCCUAUGGACAGCACCAACACUUAAUUUUGAUAUAUCCCGGACGCACAUCAGUAGUUUAUAUGCCAAUAGUUGCCCAACGAAUUGGUGAUAUUAAUGUUACAGUUAUUGCUAAAACACAGGUAGCAAAGGAUAUUGUGACCAAAACAUUGAGUGUAGAAGCGGACGGAGUUCCACAAUAUACACACACGUCUGUCGUUUUAGACUUAUCUCAGGGCGCAUACCUUAUCAAGUAUUUGGAAACUAAUGUCACCGAAAAUCCUAUUAUUCCGUAUCGUCAGGAAAGGCGAUAUGUAUUUGGAUCAAACAAAGCCAGAAUAUCAAUGGUCGGAGAUAUAGUGGGUCCGGCCUUUCCAUUCAUGCCUAUGAAUGCCACUUCAAUGUUAAGAAAACCAUAUGAUUGUGCCGAACAAAACAUGUUUAACUUUGCCAUUAAUAUGUAUACACUUUUCUAUCUGAGACUGACUGGUCAAAGAAGAUCAGAUCUUGAGAAAGAGGCUUUUAAGUACUUGAAUAUUCAAUACCAGAGACAACUAAGCUAUAAGAACAGUGACGGAUCAUUUAGGGCUUUUCGAUGGAAUAAUAGGCCGAGUGUUUGGAUGACUGCCUUUUGUGCCCGUAUUUUACAUAAGGCAACGUUUCAGGAAUGGGAAAACUUCUUAUACAUUGAUCCCAAUAUCAUUCAGGACGCUAUUGCUUGGCUUCUCAGGUUUCAAACACCCGAAGGAGCUUUUGUCGAGACAUCACUUAUACCACAUAAUCGGCGAAUGAAUCUUACCUCUAAAAUAUAUGGUGACCACUCAAACCUGAGGAAUAUUUCACUAACAGCUCAUGUGUUGAUAACUUUGUCCGAAGUUCGUGAUCUCAGAGGUGAUGUCGGCGCCAGAGCUGCCACAGCACGUACUGCCGCUCAACGAUAUUUGGAGCGAAUGCUUCAUAUUAUCAUCAAUUAUGACGAUCCUUACGAUUUAGCCAUUACUUCAUAUGCUUUAAGUUUAGUUAAUUCGGUGGAAACAGACGAAGCAUUUAAUUGGUUGGACCAGAAAAUGCGUGAAGUCAGUGGUAUGAGAUACUGGGGUCGUGAAGCCAUACCUCCACCUAAAACACAAAUAGAAAAUAACCGUCCAUUCCUAUUGCCACGACUUCCUCACAAAUAUGAUUCAUCUAAUAUUGAAACAACAGCUUACGGACUGUUAGUUCAUAUCGCCAAACAAGCAGUCAUUCAAAAGGAAAUCGUUGAAUGGCUUAAUAAUCAGCGUUUAUAUGACAGCGGGUGGGCCUCAACUCAGGACACUGUGAUUGCAUAUCAAGCGCUCAUUGAAUACGCUAUUCAGUCGCGACUCAGGGAAGUGACUGAUAUAAAGAUCACAAUAGAAGCUCCGUCUUCGCGAAACUUUUCUAAAACUAUUCGUAUCGGAGAAGAUAAUCUCUCGCAGCUCCAGGAGUUUGAUAUUCCUAAUCCUUUUGGUGCAGUUAUUGUUAAGGCUCAGGGGUCUGGUUUAGCAAUUGUCCAAUUAGAUGUCCAAUACAAUGUCGAUUGGCCACAUCUACAGAUCCAACCACCCAUUAAAGCUUUUGAUUUGGAUGUUACGGCAGUUUUUAGUGGACGUAAUAGCUCUCACAUAACUUUCCGUUCGUGUCAACGAUGGGUUUUGACUCAAGAAAGCUCAUCCAGUGGUUUGACUGUAUUGGAAGUAACGAUACCCACCGGAUAUAUUAUCCAACAACAAGAAUUAGAUCUUAUAGUUAAGACAACACCAUUACGUAAUCUAGAAGAAGCCAGAUUUUAUGAUAGGAAAGUUGUCUUCUAUUUUGAUUAUUUGGAUACAAUGCCUACUUGUGUCUCAUUUACAGUCCAGCGUUGGUAUCCCGUGGCUAAUCUUACCCGUUAUAUACCUGUUAGAGUUUAUGAUUAUUACGCUCCCGAGCGAUUUAAUGAAACAAUGUUUAAUACACAGAAUCUCUAUUAUUUGAGUGUUUGUCACGUUUGUGGCUCAUACCAGUGUCCCUACUGUCCAAUAUUUAGUGGAUCACUGAAUCUCUCAUCUAAUCUCAUUGUUAUUUUUAUGAUAGCAUUAAUUAAUAUAAACUAUAUUUAUAGAUAUUGUUUAAGAUUUGUUGAUAUUUGAGAUGCAACUAAAAAACUAUUUUAGAAAUAGACUCCAA